AUGUCUUCUAAUGUGUGUGAUCUAAUUAAUGCGGCUGAUAUUUAUGUUGUUGAUGAUCCGAACAACUCGGAAAAACAUAAAUAUAUGGGUAUGUUUAAUUCGUAUUGCCCUGAUAAUAACUGUGAUACUGAUGAAAAAAAAGUUAUUUCUACUUUUAUAACAUUACUAAAAAUUUUUGAGGAUACUGAUAAUGAGGAAAAUUUAGAAGGUGAUAAAAUUGUUGAAUAUGCUAUUUUAUGGUUAAGUUAUAAACUAAAUCAAAAAAAAGAAAAUAGAAGCACCAAAUUAUACGAUUUUUAUAAUAAUAAUAUAAAAACAAAUAGUCAAUAUGAGAAGAAUAUAUCUACUGAUAGUAAUAUUAAGAUUAAUAUGGGUUUUAUAGAUACAAAAAUAGAAUCGAUGAAUAUGGAUAUUAAAGAUAUAUCUAAUUUUUAUGAUGCAUUUAAAUCAUUAUGUAACAUGUAUAGUGAAAUUGGUGUAGAAGACUACGAAUUCAAUAAAUGUUUAGAAAAUGCUAGAGAAUUGUUUGAAAAAUAUGAAAAACUUAAAAAUGCUUUAGAUAUUAAUAAAGAAAGUUCUUAUUAUCAACUAUUGUCUAGUUUAUCGAAUGAUUAUAAAAAUUUUGAACAAUUAUAUAAUAUGGCAUGUGAUAAUUCAUCACCACUUGUAGCUUGUCCACGAAGUUCAGUAACAAAAAAUACACUAAUUACAAUUGGAAUUAUAUUUGUUGCAGCAUCAAUUUUAUUGGGAGUUUCUUAUAAGUAUUCGUUAUUUGGAUUUCGGAAACGAUCUCAAAAACAACAUUUAAGAGAAAAACUAAAAAAAUAA